AUGAAGAUGCUCAACGUAAACGACAUGUCCCCCAUCCUCGUAGAAUUGAAAAGAGUCAAAUUAAACAUGAACAAGACAGACGAAUUGGUCAACAAGUUCGAAAAACUCGCCACCGAUAAGCAACUCGAUCAAUCAAAUGCCAAGAACUUGAUUGCCAAGUCGUUGAAGAAGGGGCCUUCCAUCAGCAAGGACAAUUUCAAAAAACAAAAUAGAGUACACAAGUAG